AUGCCAGGCCGGAUAAGGACGAGCAUGAUCCAUAUCUCGUAUGUCUUCGUCUCACAUUUCAAGAGGGUUCGGUCGGUAACAAUCGAGCAGGUAACAUGGACCGGUCCCAACGACCCCGAAGACCCCAAGAACUGGUCGUAUAGGAAGAAAUGGGGCGCCACAAUCACUGUUUCAUGUUUCACGUUUAUCUCGCCAGUGAGCUCGUCAAUGGUAGCGCCGGCUUUGUCGACUAUUGCUGCAGAGUUCAAUGUGGAUGAUGAGAUUGUCUCGCAAUUGAUGCUGUCCAUCUUCAUUCUGGCGUAUGCAAUCGGGCCGUUGAUCAUGGGCCCGCUGUCGGAGAUCUAUGGACGGGUUAUAGUGCUGCAGUUGGCGAAUUUGUUCUAUCUGGUGUUUAAUAUUGCUUGUGGGGUCUCGCAGACGAAGGUGCAGAUGAUUGUGUGUCGAUUCUUUUCUGGGUUGGGAGGGAGUGCGCCGCUUGCUGUCGGCGCAGGCCUUCUAUCUGAUUGCUUCAGAGCCGAAGAACGCGGCAAAGGCAUCGCAAUAUACAGUCUCGCACCCCUCCUAGGCCCAGCCGUAGGCCCAAUCAUCGGCGGCUUCAUCACCGAAAACACAACCUGGCGCUGGGUCUUCUACGCAACCUCCAUCGCCGACGGCGUCAUCCAAGUCGCAGGCCUCUACUUCCUGCGCGAGUCCUACGGCCCUAAAAUCCUGCAUGAGCGCGCAAAGCGCCUCCGCAAAGAAACAGGAGACAACGCCUACCAGACCGAGUCCGAGCGCCAGAACAAAAACCUCCCCCAACUCCUCCGCGUCUCCCUCGUCCGCCCCUUCCGCAUGCUCCUCACCCAGCCUAUCGUCCAGAUCAUCGCAUUGUACAUGGCCUACGUCUACGGCAUCAUGUACCUGGUACUCUCAACGUUUCCGUCCCUCUGGACAAGCCCGGACUACUACAAUGAGUCGAUAGGCAUCGGCGGCCUAAACUACAUAUCCCUAGGCCUAGGCUUCUUGCUCGGCUCACAGUUCUGUGCACGCGCAAACGACCGCAUCUACCGGCGUCUAAAGGCCCGCAACAACAACACCGGCAAGCCCGAAUUCCGCGUUCCUCUCCUCUACAUCGGCUCCUUCCUAAUCCCCACCGGCCUGUUCAUAUACGGCUGGACAGCGCAAAAGCACACACACUGGAUCGCGCCAAAUAUCGGCGCUUGUCUAUUCUCAAUCGGCAACAUUGUCUCGUUCCAAUGUAUGCAGACGUUCAUGGUUGAUUCGUAUACGCGGUAUGCGGCGAGUGCGUUGGGGGCGGCGGCGUUUUUGCGGUCGACUUGUGGGUUUGCGUUUCCGUUGUUUGCGCCGUAUAUGUAUCAGGCGUUGGAGUAUGGGUGGGGGAAUAGUGUGCUGGCGUUUGUGGCGGUUGGGUUGGGGGUGCCGGCGCCGGUGCUUUUGUGGUUUUAUGGGGAGAAGUUGAGGGUGCUGAGUCCGUAUGCUGCUGGAUAG